AUGUUGGUGCUACUGGCUGGUAUCUUUGUGGUUCACAUUGCCACUGUCAUCAUGCUCUUUGUCUCCACCAUUGCCAACGUUUGGAUGGUGGGCUCUUCCAACUUUGGAACGAUCUCAACAGGACUCUGGCUGCUGUGCAACAACACCUGCUCUCAGCUGCCAGUUAGCAGUCAAGAUGAGGCUUCCCUCAAAGCUGUGCAAGCCUUUAUGAUCCUCUCGAUCAUUUUCUCCGUUGUGGCGCUCGUCCUGUUCAUUAUCCAGCUGUUCACCCUGGAAAAAGGCAAACGUUUCUACAUGACUGGAGCCGUCAUGCUGGUUUGCUGGAUGUGCAUUCUGACUGCAGUCUCCAUUUACACAGCUCGGUUCACAGGCGCGGUGGCGUACUCCACAAAUCCUCACCAUGGCUACUGCUUCAUAUUGGCCUGGAUCUGCUUUUGCUUCAGUUUCAUCAUUGGCAUCCUCUACCUUGUUCUUAGAAAAAAAUAA